GAGGAACUGAGGCACUUGGAGAGCGGUGAGAACUUGGAGAACUCUGAUAGAAGCUGAGCUCAAUCCACAGCAUUCGAGGCUUAUCAUUAAGGUCUCGGGGUCUCUCUCAUUCUCUGGGAAAGACGAAAUUUUUGCGCAGUUUUCGCGAAACCAAAGAAACGAGCGGACGAUUAGAAAAUAAUGCGCUGGAAGCUACUGUUUACCUUGUGUUUAGUUAUAGUCACUAAAUCGGUGCUGGGAAGAAAUGCCAAAGAGGCGGAAGCGGAGACAGAAACGGACAUCGAGUCGGGGCAAUUCUUUAGCCAACUCUACAAAAGCAAUCUCCGGCAGUUGGUCCGAAUGAAGAAUGAUUCAGCCGAUCCCUGCGAUGACUUCUAUGCCCAUGCCUGCGGGAACUUUGAGCAAUCGCUGGUGGAUGAGGAUGAAGUGCCACCGUAUCUGUACAACAAACAAGAUCGGAUGAGCUUUUUCCAGGCGCAGUAUGGAAACUUCCAGACGUUGCCAGGUCGCUUGAUCUCCCAACUGUACACGGAGUGUCGAGGUAGAGGGGAAAGCCAUGUGCUGAGUGUGAGGCCCCAACUCUCGCACUGGGAGCGUCUGCUGGAGGAGAUCUCAUUCCUGAGAGCGCAUGAAGAAGUGCUCUCAGCGUGGCCCUUCCUCCGACAUCAGUGGGAACGCAGGCAGCUGAAUGGGAGGCUCAAUUGGAUCGCUCUCUCCGCUCAGCUGGCGGCUCACGGGCUGCCAACACUCCUCCAAAUCUACUUUGCCGCACAGACCAUAUAUGUGAGUCCCAUCCAGAAUCUAGCUUGUCCCAGCCUGGAGGAGUUCCAGUCGAGCAUGUCGGAUCUCCUGGAGGGUCGCCAUCGCAAUGUGGGACACAUAGUCGCCCACGAGAUGCGAAUCCUAUGCCGUGGAAUGAGAGGAGAACUUCCGCUAGUCCGGAGUCUUACAAGGAAUGGCAGGACGACGCCUAGACCCGAUCAGGAGCAGCUUCUACUCGAUGAUAAUACCAUGGAGUACUUUCAGCACUUUUUCGCCGCACUCAACUUCACUGAGGAGCAGCUGGAGAUGGCUCGAAAGCUGCCUUUGGAUGUGGAGAAGAUCACGCAAGCCUGGCAGGUCCUUCGGCAAACGGAACCCCGCAUCGUCUACAACUACGUGCUGUGGCAGGCCAAGGAGCAGCUCCUCUAUGCGGAUUGCUUCCACCUAGCCGAGGAGUUCGAGCGGCUACUGCACUCUGAAUACUGGCAGUGGCAUGUCCUUAGCCCCCAGAUCGGCCGAGAGGUGGCACUGGCCUCCUAUCAGCUGCACACCACGCGCUUCCAAAAGAGACGACGUUCGACUCUGUCUCGAAGGGAUUGGUAUGGCCAUCUGCUCCCAGCCUCCGUGGAACGAAAGGAGCUCCAGGUGGCUCGGCUUCUGGAGUCGCAUGCUCAGGCCUACCUCAAUAUUACCGAGCUAAACCAUAACUACAGGGAUCUGGGCUUCUCCAGCAAUGCCUUUCAUGGGAAUCUUCUGCUCCUCAGACGAGCCCAACUUCGUCACAGCUUCACCUCGCCCUACAUCGACGAAGAGGAUGUCAAUGGUCCUGCAUACUUCCUGCGCCACUUUCUGCACUUUGUGCUGCUAUCGCUCCAGCGACCCACCUAUCACUACUAUGCCACCCAGGGCCUGGAAGUGUGGCGCCAGUCGCAUCUCCUACUGGACACCGAUGGACGAUACACCGCCCUGGACUGCCUGGAGCGACAGUCCCUACAGCACUACGAUUCCCGUCUAGCACCCAUCUACCGGCAGCUCAGCGCGGAUGAGAUUGGGGAGAUCUUCCUGUUCUAUCGCUCGUUUCAGGCCACCCUGCGGGACUAUCACUUCUGGCUUCAGGGCGAGCGCUUCGCCUUCGCAGAGGCCUUUGUUCUGAAGUACUUUCAUCUGGAUCCGCAGCGGGUGCUCUUCUAUGCGGUGGCACAGCAGCUGUGCAACCGGCAGGCGGAGAUCUUUGCCGCCCAACUGAAUCGGGUAUACUUGAAUAUGCCCGAGUUCCAAGAGGCCUUCAAGUGUGGCCCGGAUAAGCCCAUGAAUCCACCAGCCAGGUGUAUGAUCAGUAUGUGUGAUUAAUGGCAGACACAAUACUCGUAUAAUCUGAAAACAUAAAUAAACCGUGGCGAAAAAUCAAAGUUAAUCAAAGUUCCAUCUAUUUAUGUAUUAUUUUAGAAUGGUAUGGACGCUCUCCAAUACCAAAUGUCAAAUUUCUAAACAGCCUGAAGACUUGUAAAUAUAUACAUAUGUAUGUAAAUAUCCUAUAAAUAAUUUAAUGGAGCUGACGAAAUUGCCAAUCUCAGGCCCACAUGUCGUUCAUUUAUGAGCACGGGUGGCAAAUGUACAUAAAUACAAAAAUCUGUCUAUUAAUUCGCAUUUUGUUUGAAAUUCCGUAGCGAAGAUUAUUGCUACAUUCGUACAUACAUAUGUACAUAUGUUUGUAUAUAGAAACGGAUAUAACAUAUAUAUAUAUAUAUACAGUAUGGAUUUGGUACGGAAUUAUCGUGGGUGUUCUAGACACACGUAUCGGCCAUUAAUUGGAAAACCAUGAGGAGCACUUCCACGGAGCAACUCACACACUUAAGGCCAGAAAAGAAUGCUAUAGAUUUUGGAUAUAGCUAUUUGGAUAUUCACCAUAAAUCACCUAUGAUGAUGGCCACACACUCAUAAUUAUUCGAGUAUCUAUUGAAUGUGGUAUACGUAUAAAGAAAAAC